GAGCACGCGAGCCGUGUCGGUUCGCCUCGCCAUGACGCAGGGCAUUGUGAACAAGUUCGGCCCGCCCCUUUUCGCACCCGUGUCCAAGGACAUGUGGUUUAUCGAGGACCCCUUCGAUCUGCGGCACAACUUGUCCUCAAACUGUGGCAAGGAGGGCCGGGCGCGGAUCCUGGCGCAGAUGGCCGAAGCGCUGAGGCUCUUGGAGGAGGGCGGCUUGCCGAAGUUUCACGGCAUCCGGUCCGACACGACCACCAAGUUCAUGCUCAAGUGCCGCAUUCACAUUGAGAAGGUAUCUUUAGACGACUUUCGCGCCACCCUGGCGCGAAACGUCCGUGAGCCAAUGCGGCUGCACUACCCAGCUGCGGGCUCGCGCACGCGGGAGGUCGCAGAUGCUUUUCUCAUCUUUGAAUCGAAGGAGUCACAGAGAAAAGU